AAUUCAGGAGUUGGUUCCGCCAGUUCCAAACCCAGCAGCGCCCGAGAUUUCUUCGUUUUCUUCGCCGUCUUCCUCUCUGUUGUUGCUGCACGGCCUCAUUCUCUUCCUAUCUCCCUUCAUUCGCUUAGUUUACUCCUUCAAGUCUGCCCAUAUCAAAUUUUAUCUUUCCAUCCAUUCAACGAACUUCAAAAUUAGGAAAUUUUGAAUUCGAUAUAAUUCUAGAUUUCAAAUUCAUUUCGAGCUGGUUUCGAUAUCUGUAUUUGCGUCGUAAUAGCGACUAUGUAUGGGAGAAAAGCAUGUCAGUUGGUGAAAGAGCUAGCAAGCGGCGAGAAAGGACAGCUAGCACAGUUCAAUAGCGACCUGUUUGAACAGGUUAUUUCAGAAUGCCAGCAACAUCAUCUUGAGCUUCAAUCCUUGUUGAGGAAAAUCCAGGAUGAAGGAUUGGAUCUACAGACGACUAAGAAUGAAGAUCAUUUUGGUGCACUCGUUCACCACUUAGCAUUAGUUCGCAAUAAACGCUGCCUCAUGGCCUAUGUGUACAAUCGAGCUGAAACUAUAAGAAGUUUGAUAUGGAAGAUAGUAGGAUCUAUGCUUCCACCUGAAAUACAGGAGAAGCUCAGCAACUCAGAGGAAGAGUAUUUUAAGAAGCAUUCUGCUCGUCUAAAAGAAUACAUGUCGAAAAUGGAGUUGGAUUUGACUGUGGAUAUGGUGCCUCCGAAGGAUCCAUAUAUCCAAGUGAGGGUACUCGAUGAUAUCGGUGAAGGAAUAGUACUGAGUGAUGAUAAAACAGCAAAUUUUGCACUUCAUUCCAUACAUUUUCUUAAACGUACUGAUGCUGAGCAAUACAUCUCACGGGGGUUAAUGGAGGAGCUUAGAGGCUGAUUGUUACACUGAAGAUGGAGCUUAGUUGGAGAUAUUUUUGGAAACCUGAAAAAGGGGAAGAGCCAAAUGAGAAAAAGUGAGGAAAGAAGUGAAAGUGUGAGGUGUUACACAUGCCUGUCUAAGGCGUGUUGCCCAUGACCGCGUAUCCGUUGCAUGCCAAACCCCUUGUGUUGUAUCACUCUAUUGCUUUCCUUUACCACUGUUAUGAUGUGUAGCUUCUUUUUUGUAUUUUUUAAGUGUAAGACGUUAUGUCUACGCCUGGUAGACCUGAAAUAUCUUAAAAUGUACUAUAGAAGUAUGCGGCUAGUUG